AGCACUGGUGGACCAAUGUGGACCUCUUCCGUGAGGGUGGAGAUGGUCAAAAAAGGCUUAUUCAAUAAGCACUCCAUUGACCACCCCCUUCUAGCAGAAUUUAAUAAGUACCUUUACAUUGAUCUAGGACAUAAAAACAGCAAACAAGUAGUGGAAACAGUGUCCAGGUUCUUGCAUUACAUGGACCCCACUGAGCCAAACUUGAUGUUUGUUCGGCAGGUGGAGAAAGUGCGAGAGUACUUUAACAUCUUGUCAGAUACAAAGCUUUCAAAAUGGACAGUAUUCAACUACUCGAAGAGUCUCAAGAGGUUCAUGAAAUACAUUAUUACCUCCACGGACAUUUGCCACAACAAUCCAGCUUUGUUCCAGGACUGUGAGAGUUUUAUGGAUGUGCUGUAUGGAAUACAGAGUGGCAUGUCCAAAGAAGUGAGCAUGGAGGUCACAGCAAAAAAAUCAGAGUUUGGUUGUGGCAAAGAAGUUUUGCCAAAGGACUGCCUUGCUGUUUUGGAGGCUGCAUUCAAAGAUUUCCAGGCCGUGAUAUGCAAAAUGCAGGGUCCAGGAGCCAUCACAGGGGACUGUUUGACUAAAAAUGAACGGCUGCUCGUCCUGUACUACCUGGAGGCUGUUAUCAUGCUGAAGCUAGUCCAGCGGCCUGGAAUUGUGACACACAUGACUGUUGAGGAUUGGGAGGGGAGAAGCCGGAUAGAGAAUGGUGUCUGUGUUGCAGUGAAGGAGCACAAAGUACCAUUGUCACACGAACAGGAACUUUGGUUCGACUUGUACUUCAAUGAGGUGCGGCCAGUAAUGCUGCAAGAAAACCACACCGGCGAUGAUGUGGCAGUUGAUUCAUUUUUUGUGUCAAGUAGUGGGAGAUCGAUUUAUAAUCCCUCCAACGACUUAAAAAGACUACAUGACAAAUACAGUCUUCCCAGUGUGACGUGUGGCGAUGCCCAGAGAGCAUUUGAGGCAGCAGCACAAAACCUGUCAGAAGUGGAGAGAAAUGUGGUGGCAGCUGAAAGAAUCUACAUGAGGGGAACAUCUUCAGAUCCGUUUCUGGCUCUAAGUGUGCUAGAUCAGCUUGCUGGGAAAACACUGUAAGCAUCUAACAACUGGGAUGAUCCUUAUUUUUAAAUUUGCAACCCACAGCCUCGCCUUUCCUUCCUUCAAUAUUUAUUUUCUGUGAUCUUAUAGAAAAAGGUCCAGUAGAGUUUCCAGCUGUGAGACAAGGGUGGACGAACAGACGGCCUAUAAAACUCUUGUGCAGUUCUGUCCAGUGACUCUGGAGGGGCCUCCUCCAAAAAGGGCACGCAGGACUGAGCUGUGUGGCUCAGAGCAUGAGAGGCACUGCUAUGACCGCUGACGUAGCGAGCAGCUCAAGCUGCGUGAACAGCAUUCUCUUGGUGAGUAUACAGAUGAUUAAUGACACAAACAGGGGAAUUGAGUGAGAAUAGCCGAAUACUGAUGUGUUUUGUGUUUCUAGAAC